AUGUCUUUCGGAUGUAGUCCGUCAGACGUGUUGAAACUCCUGGAGAUCUCGACUCGGGUAUACCUCGCUUUCAAAGAUGCCAAUGAGAAUUCGGAGGCGCAAGUCUCCGCAAUGGUGAAAGAAUUCACCACCUUUCACACCUGCUUGUUCGAGUUGGCCGAGCUGAUGAAACAAUAUGGCCAGCCCAUGCCUUUUCCCGUCAAAGACUUCGAGGCAACGCUCAAGAGAUGCGAAAAGACCCUCGACCCUUAUGCCGAUCACCUGGUUGAUAAGAAGAUGGGCGUUAAGAAGUUCAUCUUCACAAUCAGAUACAUGGGCAUGGAGAAAGAGAUUGACGGGCUAAGGAAACAAAUCACUGGCCACUACCAGGCUUUGCAUAUGUGCAUAUCGUUUCUGCAGCUCAACGCAUUGGGAUUUUCAUCUCAAAACGCACCGUUGGCGCUGCCCGCACCAGAUGAGCACCCGCUUUUCAGCGAGUGGGUGAUCUUUGAUCGCUGGCUGCAAAAUGAGGAUGAACGCAUCGCGAAAGAAGCAGCACUCGCUCGCCGGCUGUCAUCAGACGAUGCGCCCCCUGCCGUACCGAGCGACGAUGCUCAGACAGCUGCCAUACUAUAUCAUCUCCGUCGGCAAGUCGAUGACGCUAUUCUGAUCGAAGAAAACCGCGCCAAACGUAUGACUGCUGAAAAGCGUUCACACCUCUCCCCAAGUGACGCAAUGAGGCAGGAAGUCCGCAAUAUGCCCCCAGCGCCUGCGCGCACAUAUACACUGGAGACUGACCACUCGGGAAAUUUUACAGGUUUUGAAGAACAGCAAAUGGACGGUUCUGCAGCGACCAUUCGACCUAAUCUACACACGCCAUCCUACUCUCCUAAAGCUGGAAGUCCGCAUGGAGAUUCAUAUUUCGGUUCCAUAGAUUGGGCAGAGUCACCCACAGAUACUUCAACCUCGUGUAAUGCGACUCACACGCCUUCUGUUUCCACGAAUAGAAGCAGUGUGAGUUAUUCACCCGCUUCGCAACCAGUUUCCUCGGGUGCGGACUUGAGCUCUGGGGGGAGCACUCCAGACAACGCCGCGUCUUACAGUCUUCGGCGCAGCAUGUCUCGCACUUCGCUAGCCACUAUGGCUCUAGGCGAGGCAGCACUCGACUGGAAACGUAUCUGCCGAUCCGCCCAGGUCGAGCGGAGAUCAGUCAAGUACGGAGCUGAAAGCAGAGAUUGCGAUGUCCGAUGGCGAUACCGAGAAGACACUGGCAUCACGAUCCGUGCAGUGUAUCAGUCGAGUCAAGACCGUAAACUCAGAACGUGGAUCGAACAGCAUUUCCCUGCCACAGGCCCGUCGAUACCGCUCACGACUACAUAUCCAGAUGGCGCCGUCUCGAUUGACUUUCCCCGCGGCUCCUUUGGAAAAUUAGACAAGCAAUACACAGAUAUCAAGUACACGUUUUCCGGCUACGAGACAGCCGAGAAAUUCCAGACGCUUCUCUACACCAACAACGGCGCCGACGCUGCAGAACUGAAAUUCGAUCGCCCGAUCUUGUCCAUUUCGUCAGACAAGAACCCGACAGACGAGAAACUCACACUGGUCUUUUCUAAAGACGCAUCGCGAUGGACAACCGACAAGCUCUUCCCACGCCGAAAAUCCUCAAGUACCACUAGCACAGCGCCCCUCUCCCCGCCGCGUAAACGCACCGACUCCAUGGAACUACCCGACCCAACCCGCUGCGCAACAAAAGCCUCAGUCGCUUCAGACGCCUCGAUAAAAUCGUUCAAGAGCGCUCUGCGCUGCGCCGCAAAUCCCGCUCGAACACCACCCCAUCUGAAUCGCUUUGGCUACUCCGAGCUGGAAAUCAAAUUCAACAAUAAAAAGGACCGAAGGGCGUUUUUGGAUACCUGGAAGGAAUAUGUUAGGCCGUUGGGCAGGGGCGCCGUGGUAAUGUGA